AUGGGCGAAGAAACCCCUUCUGCACCCACGGCCACCGCCACCAACUCCACAAACGAAACAAAAGUCAAGAAACUCACCCUCAUCCCUCUAAUAUUCCUCAUCUACUUCGAAGUCGCGGGUGGUCCCUACGGCGAAGAGCCCGCGGUUCAAGCGGCAGGCCCACUCCUCGCCCUACUGGGCUUUCUCAUAUUCCCAUUCAUCUGGAGCGUCCCGGAAGCCCUAAUCACCGCCGAACUAACCACCGCCUUCCCCGGCAACGGAGGCUUCGUGAUAUGGGCUGAACGGGCCUUCGGCCCCUUCUGGGGUUCCCUAAUGGGCACGUGGAAAUUCCUGAGCGGCGUCAUCAACAUCGCAUCUUUCCCCGUCCUCUGCAUAGAAUACGUCCAAAAAGUUUUCCCCGUUCUCCAAUCCGGUUGGCCCCGGCACGUCGCAGUCUUAGCUUCAACUUUGGCUCUCUCAUUCCUCAACUACACCGGCCUCUCCAUCGUCGGCUACGUGGCUGUGUUGCUUGCUAUCGUUUCUCUCUCCCCCUUUGUGUUAAUGUCCCUGAUCGCCAUCCCCAAGCUUAAACCUCAUAGGUGGGUUAGUUUGGGUCAGAAGGGGGUUAAGAAAGACUGGAACUUGUUCUUCAACACGCUCUUCUGGAACCUCAAUUUCUGGGACAACGUCAGUACCUUAGCGGGGGAAGUUGAAAAACCGCAGAAAACUUUUCCUUUGGCUCUUUUUGUUGCUGUAAUUUUCACCUGCGUCUCUUACUUGAUCCCUCUCUUCGCUGUCACUGGAGCGGUUUCGGUUGACCAGAGGUUAUGGGAAACUGGGUUCCACGCGCAAGCUGCGGAGAUCAUCGCAGGGAAGUGGUUGAAAAUCUGGAUUGAAGUCGGGGCAGUGUUAUCAGCAAUUGGGCUUUUCGAGGCCCAGAUGAGCAGCAGCGCGUACCAGAUUCUGGGAAUGGCGGAGAUUGGGAUUUUGCCCAAGUUUUUUGGAGUUAGGUCAAAGUGGUUCAACACGCCUUGGUUGGGGAUUCUGUUAUCGACUCUGAUAAGUAUUGGUGUGUCUUACAUGAACUUCACUGACAUUAUUUCUUCGGCGAAUUUCUUGUAUAGUUUGGGGAUGUUGUUGGAGUUUGCUUCGUUUCUUUGGUUGAGGAAGAAGUCGCCCAACAUUGAAAGGCCUUACCGGGUUCCCUUGAAGCUGCCAUUCUUGGUUGUGAUGUGCUUGAUACCCUCUGGGUUUCUGGUUUUGAUAAUGGUUAUAGCCACCAAAACUAUUUAUUUGGUUAGUGGCGUGAUGACUGCGGCUGGGAUUGGGUUUUUCUUGUUCAUAAAACUCAGCAAGACAAUGAAGUGGGUAGAGUUCUCCCAGGAGGAGGAGCAGGAGAAAGAAGAUGGAUUUGAAAUUGAUGGGUUGUGA